CCAUUUGCCAUUCCGGUCUGAACGCUUGAACGAUGUUCAUGCGACUGGCGGGACUCGCGCUCCUGGCGACGGCAUCAUGCCACGCAGCUGAUACAUCGGCUAAACUUACUUUAAACUAUGCUAAGGCCAGCGAUGGGACGUGCCGACUUCUGAACGUGGAAGGCGCCAAGAGCACCAUGUACGUGUCUGUGCCUGGCAAGCGGUUCUCGACAUGUGGUCGCUGCGUGCAGAUCUCGUGCCAAGACAUAGCGUGCAAAACCGGUAGCUCCGUCGUGGCCUAUGUUGUCGACGCAAAGGAAGGCAGCCAAGCGUCCGAUCCGCUCCAACUGUCGCCAGAUGCCGCCAAGGUGCUGACCCCGAGCCCCAUCAACUCACCCAUCGGAAUCUCGUGGAAGUUUACGGUGUGUCCUGAUACGUUUGUCGUUGGCAACAUCAAGGCGUGCAUGAUGGACGGUGCCAGUGCCGAUUACCUGCCGAUUCAGUUCUUCAACACGUUGCAGCCCAUUGACACUGCCACGUACAACGCGGUCCCUGCCAAGCAAAGCCAGAACGGAUUCAUCUUCGAGUCAGGCCGCAUCUCGGACGAUCCUUCGUAUUACGCCAACAUCCCCGUCAAGCUCACGUCGGCCACCGGCGCCGUGGUGCAGGGCUCGCUGUCGUUCAAGAACCCGUCAGUGGACAAGGACGCCAACUGCGCCGACAUGGGCGUCCAGUUUGAAAAGCCAUCGGCGUCCAGUGGCGAAAUCGUGGACCCGCUCACCCCCAACGGCUCCAAGUCCGGCGGCGGCAAAUCCGUCCUCGUGCCCGCGAUCCUCGGCAGCAUCGGGGGACUGGUGCUUCUCGCUGUCAUCAUCUUUUGCCUUCGCCGCCACCGCGCGGCCAAGGAUCUACGCGACGACGACGAUGACAUGGAGCACGGCCACGGCUCGCGCUCGUCGACGAAAGACCCGCGCCACAUCAAGCCCUCGGGACCCCACCAAGUGGUUUCGGCUACCAGUGCCACAACCAACAAUGACUCGAUUCCACCGGUUAUGGGGGGAAACACCCCCACAUUGACCGCCAACACACCGUCAACCACAUACUCCCGACUCGACUCGGACCCCCCCCAACGACAGCCCCCGCAUCCGGCUGCGUACGUCGAACAGCAGCAGCCACAUCAACCGUUUGCGUAUGUCGUGCCCGAACGUCAGCCUGCCGCACAGCCCAAGGUCGUGGUCAAGUCGCUGCAACACAUCCAGCAAAACCAAAGCCAAGGGGUGUCGUACUCGGACAUGUUUAACGACGCCAACCGCGGCAUGUACGCCCGGAACUCGUUGGCAUCGGCGCGAAUUUCCAACACCCGCGACGACCGCAAGAGUUUUGAUAUUGACGAGGAGCGAGAUGUGGACUCGCCCUCCCGCCCCACGGAGCACGACGUCCAGCUGGACCUGCUGCUGCAGAGCGGCGCGCUGUCGCUGCACGAAGACCCGUUCGCGACGACCCAGUCGUCUCCCGCCCCGAACAAUACUGGUCAUGCCACGUCCCCAGAGAGCUACGUGCGCGCGACGUCCAUGCCGCGCAGCAAUAGUCAGAAGGCGAUCGUGCCGACUUUUGCCGCCCCCCGUACGUCUCUGACGGUAGCCAGUCGAGACUCGUCGUCGCACAACAACCUGCUGGCGUACCCGUACAAGAAGAAGCGCGAGAUUAGCCAGCACCAGUUUUAGAAAGUUUAAAUUUAUCAAUGUCGUCCGUCCAUGGACACGACGAGUACUGAAUGUGAAUUGGAUGUGAUGUGACGC